AUUAGAUGAGUGUAGUAUUGUGUGAAUCACCUCUUUCUCGCACGCGCGGCUGUCGCCAUGUCGCCUGAUGUUGGGCGAAGAUGGCGACGAAUGGCGGCGUACGUCUCCUGCUUCUCGGAGUUCUGUGUAUUUUUGUCUUGAAAUUAUGCAACGGUGCGGCGACGGACAUCGAAUUAGAUGCCAAGGCGCAGCUAUUGCACCGACUUGAUAGUCUCAACCUUCUCCUCUACACGAUCUUAUUGAUUUUAACAGUUUUAACGAUAUGGAUGUUUAAGCACCGUCGCUUGAGGUUCCUCCAUGAAACUGGUCUAGCUGUUAUCUACGGUUUGAUCAUAGGAGCGAUAAUACGCUAUGGUUUUACAAAUAGCAGUACUAUUUUGCAUAUGCCGGUAGUUCCGGACAAUACCAGCAAAUAUAAUCAGUCUGUACCACCGGAUACAUUGUGGUUACGUUUUCCAGAAGAUAAGGGCGGUGGUAUUAUAAAGAACAAAACAUUUGCAUAUUCGUUUCGUGGUGAAAUUUACAAGGAAGAUAAUGAAAUUGAUUUGAAGGCUACUUUUGAUCCUGAAAUAUUUUUUAAUAUCAUAUUACCUCCUAUUAUUUUUCAUGCAGGAUAUAGUUUGAAGCGUAGAUACUUCUUCAGAAAUUUGGGCGCAAUUCUUAUGUACGCUUUGAUAGGAACUUCUAUAUCAGCUUUUGUCAUUGGAGCUCUGAUGUAUGCUUUUGUACAAUUGAUACCACAUCUCUCCACGUCGUUUACGUUUCUGGACACCUUGUACUUUGGCGCUCUAAUAUCCCCUACAGACCCCUUGACAAUAAUAUCCAUCUUCAACGAUUUACACGUAGAUGUUAAUUUAUAUGCCUUAGUGUUUGGUGAGAGUGUGCUGAAUGAUGCGGUUGCUAUUGUACUUAGUGGUUCUAUACAGAAUUAUGCGGAGCGAUACCAGUCGGGAUCUGGCGGUUUCGAGACUGUGGCAUUCUUCCAAGCAUUCGGAGAUUUUGUCGGAAUAUUUAGUCUUUCUCUCUUUAUCGGUGCUACUAUGGGAUGUAUUACUGCGUUAUUGACAAAGUUUACCAGAGUGCGAGACUUUCCUCUCUUGGAAUCGGCGUUAUUCGUCUUAAUGUCAUAUAGUACAUUUUUAAUCGCCGAAGCUGCUGAUCUUACAGGUGUGGUUGCCGUUCUUUUCUGUGGAAUAUGUCAGGCUCAUUAUACAUACAAUAAUCUGAGUCCAGAUUCGCGCCAGCGUACAAAACAGCUAUUUGAGCUGUUGAAUUUCUUAGCUGAAAAUUUCAUAUUUAGUUACAUCGGCGUGUCAAUGUUCACUUUUCCGAAGCACCAUUUCGAUCCUGGUUUUAUCUUCGCAGGAUUUCUGUGCGCAUUAUUGGGUCGAGCGGCUAAUGUUUAUCCCCUGUCUUUCAUAUUGAAUCUUGCAAGAAAACCGAAGAUAUCAUUGAACUAUCAGCACAUGCUAUUUUUUGCAGGACUGCGUGGCGCUAUGAGUUUUGCUCUUGCUAUUAGAAACACAGUAUCCGAUGCUAGACAAGCGAUGUUGACUACUACUAGCUUGAUCGUUAUAUUGACGGUUAUACUGCAAGGUGGUGCAACAACUCAGUUUUUAAGCUGGUUCAAUAUUCCAGUCGGAGUGGACGAAGAAAUAGAAGGACUUUCUCAUAACGGAACGCGCAGUUCUGGCGGCGAGGGUGGCUACAGUGAUUUGGACAUGCGUAGGGCAAGAAGUUCGCCGUAUAAUUCUAUGCAGGAUGGAUCGUUGCCAGGCGGCGGCAGUGGCAGCGGCGGUAUCGGUGGUACAAAGCCUAACGAGAAGGCGUUACUCGCCAGAAUUUGGGGUGAUUUCGAUACUAAAUAUAUGAAGCCUCUGCUAACACACUCCAGGCCUACGUUAUUAGAAACGUUACCGGUCUGUUGUAGUCCGUUGGCGAGAAUCCUUACGACCACACAACAGAUGACACAGGACGACGUUGCGAGAAAAGCCGAUUCGGACUCCGAUUUCUGCCUGGAAGAUCGUGAGAUGGAGCGACGCAGGACCAGCGUUCAGCCGCUAGGGACCGUGAUGAUGAUGGGAGAAGUUAGUCCGGGACCACUACCGCUGCACACACGAGUCGCCCUACCAGGUCUGGUCGGCAGACACUUAUAAAAUUUUUCCUUAUAACUCUGUCGAUAGACCGUUUCGUUUCGACUCGCUCACUCUCAUACGAUUCCUGUCCGGUGAUCAUCUCAAGAUCGGCCGCAUGUGAUUUCGGAAUGCGUAUUUCAUUAUCAAAAUCCUAAUUGUUUCAGAAGAUCUUUAUCUCGCCAAAACAAAAGGCCAUAUUAAUUAUGAGGAUUAGGAUCAGUUAAUAUUUUAAUAUUAUGCUACAUAAUUUUGAAACAGGAUUGAAGGCACAAAGUGUUCGUAAAUCGGUGAAGAUAAGGAAAACGGAUAUUUUCAUUGCCGAGACACGCUGCCGAUUUUCAGACAAGUCUUUCCAAGCGAUUGUAACUAACGCCCGUCGAAAGAAGCUCGGAAUAAACGAAACUGUAAAGAGCAUUAUUAGAAUCAUACACGGAAUUGUAAGACUUUUGAACAACCGGUCGUGCUUCCUGCGCAAUUUCUAAUAGAACGACACGGGAAAAGCAAAAGAUAUUUUAGGAAAUUUCCAGUAUAUAUGUGUCAUUGAUUUUGCUACAUUUUUAAGUAGAUUAAUUUUGAGGACAGUCACGCCAUGGUGUUGAUUACUUCUUCACGAGCUUUAAUUAUAAUAUUUUCAAUGUAAUGAAAGUCAUGUUGUGUAUUGAGUAAGUCGCGUGAUCCAUUGCAAGUUAAUAUCUUAUUAUAUGAUGAUGAUUAUUAUUAUAUAUAAAUAAUAAAUUACAUAAUUAUUCGAGACUUUUUUGAGGAAUCUCUGAUAUUGGAAUUGGCUUAAUGAUAAAAGAGAAUGCAUUAUUUAUUUGUUAAUUUUUGUAAGAAAGAACGUGCCUUUAUUUUUUUCUAUAUAUUUUAACAUUAAUACGUACAGUGCUUUUCUUUUUAUCAUUAAACCAUUGUCAAUUCGCUAGAAAUUUAAAGUGGAGAUAUUGUAAUAGAUAACGCGACUUAUUCUGUACGUAUAGCAGCUACGAAAUAUGAAAAUUAAUUAAUGUAAUUAAUAAUUGUAAAAGGCUAAUGAUAUAGUGCAAGAAUCGAUCUGUAUUUAAUCGACAUGCGUCUGAAUACAUGUAACGAUGAAGCUGAAAAUUAAUUUAGAAGUAGUCAGAGAUACGCGAUGAGAAUCGUAAUAUUGCCUUGGUAUCUGGAACAGAUUAGGUUGACUACGUCAGGUUAUGCGAAUUGAUUGUAUUCGAAGGUAUUCCGCAUUAAUUUGACGACAGAUAAAUAUCUGUUCGGUGAUGUAAUCGGAUUAUUCUCGUGGAACUACUUAAUUUAUAGAUUUACAGCAGUCGGCGAAUUGAUUUUGCCGUUAUGUACAAAAGUAUUAAGCUACUACUUACAUAGAGUGCAGGGCGCUCCGUCUUACCGUACAACCGUUGUAAUACUUUGGGGCUUCUGUUCUGUCGCUGCAAUCGUCAAAUUGUCUCGUAAAAAGCGAAAAGUCUGUAAAAUUUUGCGCUUUCUCUCAAUAAUUUCCAUAAUUUUUCAUUAUAAUUAUAAUAUAUAAAAAUGAUACAUUGUAUACGUAAUAUGUGUGUAUGUGUGCAUAAGUGAUUUUUUUUUUAAUAGAGCAGCAGCGAAAAAUGACCGGGAGCCUCAAUCAUUCUUACACACGUAAAAUUACAACGCGACAAUGUAUAAGACAAGUUUAAGAAGAUUUUUCAAUUUUUAAUUUUUACUUUCGGGGAAAGGAUUUUGUCGACUUCCUAGUAUUGUUACUCGAGUUCUCCGAUAAAGUUAGAUCUAUGCUCCUCUUUCACUAUAAAAAAGGUUUAUAUCACUACUUAUAAAGUAUAAUUCUUAAAUGAGAAUGCGGAGAGGACUUUUAAUUUAGUCGUUGGCUGUGAAGAUUUAAUAAAACUGUUUAUGGACGAUAUAGAAUGUAGAUAUUAGGAGAGUGAAUUCUUAAGACAGGAGGAUAUUUAAAAAAGCGUUGUAUUUAUCAAAAUGUGUAUAUACCGUAUGUACCGUAUAUACCGUAUGUGUAUAUACCGAUUUGCGAGUUACUUCUUCGAAAUAGUGUGUAUCGCGAAGAAACCUGCUCUAAAGCAAGUCGUAACGAUCCACGUAUCGUUACAGCGAGCGAAAUCGAAAGAUAAGGGUGAACGUAUUGUGCUCCUCCGUAUAGAUAUUCGUGUUCGUGAAUCCGGUGUAUAAUGUGUAAUAAUCGUAAUGUAUACAUGCAUUGAGUAUAACAACAUUGUGAUACCAUGUACCACACUUUGCAAUGUUUAAUAAAGUAUUUGUAAAAAUAUA